AUGGCCUUUAACUGUUACUUUAUGGGUUUUCUUAUUCUUUCUGUGGUGCUUUGCGAAAUAGCUUUUGCCGUUGACGAGAGCUCUUUAACCCGAUCCGGAAAUCACGUACCGCGCGGAAAAACCUGUCGAAUUGGGGAAACACCCUGUGAGCCGGGAUACUUUUGCUGCGCCUCAAAGAAAUCAAUGCAACUCUCGGCCCGGGAGACCCCUGCACUCGCGGUGUCAACGACGACCAAUGCCCAAAAGGCUAUUUUUGCUGCGCCUUUGCCCGUGAUGGAUUUUGUGGAGAGAUUGGCAAAGUGUUUUGUUGAA